AUGGAUAUGAGUGAGUUGAGAAGAGCAGUGGAGGAGGUGGAACUGGUGGAUGCUCAUGCUCACAACAUAGUUUCUCUUCGCUCCAACUUUUCCUUUAGCCAUGCCUUUUCUGAGGCCAAUGGUGACGCACUUGCUUUCUCACCGCGCACUCUUUCUUUCAAGAGAAGUUUAAGAGAGAUUGCUGAGCUGUAUGGAUCCGGGUUAUCUUUGCAAAGUGUUGAAGAACACCGUAGAGUAUCUGGAAUGCAAUCCAUCUGCUCAUCAUGCUUCAAAGCUGCAAGGAUCACUGCCGUACUUAUUGAUGAUGGCUUACAAUUGGAUAAAAAGCAUGAUAUAGAAUGGCACAAGAGUUUUAUACCUUUUGUUGGUAGAAUCUUAAGAAUUGAACGGUUGGCCGAGCAAAUCCUUGAUGAGAUCCCAUUGUGUCUAUGGGAUGCUGAGAUGUACAAGACAUCCGAGCGUGAUAGCAGGCCAGAAGGUCAUUCAUCUUUUGAUGUUAUCUCAUAUAUAAAUCUGAUGUUGAAGGACUUGGCUGAUGGAUCUUCUUGGACUUUGGAUUCAUUUACUAAAGCAUUUGUCUCAAACAAUGCUGUUACAGUUGCUGGUGAGAUCUUUGGAUUGAAAAGCAUAGCUGCAUACCGCAGUGGCUUAGAAAUCAAUACUAAUGUUACUAAAAAUGAUGCUGAGGAAGGACUUAGGCAAGUAUUAAUUGCUGGGAAGCCUGUUCGUAUUGCAAACAAAAAUCUUAUUGACUACAUCUUCUUACAAAGUUUGGAAGUUGCUCAGUCCUAUGACCUGCCAAUGCAGAUACACACAGGAUUUGGGGAUAAAGAUUUGGAUAUGCGUCUGUCCAAUCCUCUUCAUCUACGUGCUGUUCUUGAGGACAAGAGAUACUUGAAGUCUCGGAUUGUUCUUUUACAUGCAUCCUACCCAUUCUCAAGGGAAGCGUCCUAUCUAGCAUCUGUCUACCUUGAUUUUGGGUUGGCAAUUCCAAAGCUAAGUGUACAUGGGAUGAUUUCUUCAAUGAAAGAGCUAUUAGAGUUGGCUCCAAUAAAUAAGGUUAUGUUCAGUACUGAUGGCUAUGCAUUUCCUGAAACAUUUUACUUAGGUGCAAAGAAGUCUCGUGAAGUUGUUUUCUCUGUUCUACGGGAUGCAUGCAUUGAUGGUGAUCUCUCACUUACUGAGGCUGUGGAAGCUGUAAAGGACAUCUUUGCACGAAAUGCAAUUCACUUCUACAAGAUUAGUUUAGCUAACAGUGUUGUUAGUUCACAUAGUAAUUUGUCCCAAAAGUUGAAUGAUGGCUUAGACAUUGAUGUGUCACUUGUUCGUAUCACGUGGGUUGAUGGUUCCGGACAGCAUAGAUGUCGUGUGGUUCCUAAAAAACGUUUCAAUGAUGUCGUUGUAAAGAAUGGGGUUGGUUUAGCAUUCGCGGUUAUGGGUUUCUCUUCUUUUAUGGACGGACCUGCAGACGGGACUGGUCUAACUGCCGUUGGUGAAACAAGAUUAAUGCCUGAUUUGUCUACUCUAAGGAGAAUUCCAUGGAAUAAAAAAGAUGAAAUGGUUUUAGCUGAUAUGUGUGUUAAACCUGGUGAAGCUUGGGAAUAUUGCCCAAGAAAUGUCUUGAGAAGAGCUUCUAAAAUUCUGAAAGAUGAAUUUGACUUGGAAAUGAAUGCAGGAUUUGAGAAUGAAUUUAUUCUCUUAAAGAGGUUAAUAAGGGAAGGUAAAGAGGAAUGGAUAUCAUUUGACUCUAGUCCAUACUGCUCCACAUCAGCAUUUGAUUCUGCUUCCCCCAUACUUCAUGAAGUUGUUGAUGCUCUUCAUUCCUUGGGAAUUUCAGUUGAACAGUUACACGGUGAAGCUGCAAAAGGACAAUUUGAGGUGGUUUUGAAGUAUACUAUUUGCACUAAAGCUGCAGACAACUUAAUUUUCACCCGUGAAGUUAUUAGGGCAAUCGCCAGAAAACAUGGGUUGCUGGCAACUUUUAUUCCAAAGUACGCAUUGGAUGAUCUGGGUUCUGGGUCGCAUGUUCAUCUUAGCUUGUGGCGGAAUGGCCAAAAUGUAUUCAUGGGAUCUGAUGGAUCAUCUAAGCAUGGAAUAUCAACUUUGGGAAGGGAAUUUAUGGCCGGAAUUCUACAACAUCUUCCUUCAACCUUGGCCUUUAUAGCACCACUUCCAAACAGUUAUGAUCGAUUACAACCCAAUACAUGGAGCGGUGCGUACCUAUUCUGGGGAAACGAAAAUAAGGAGGCUCCAUUACGAGCUUCAUCUCCACCUGGAACUCUCGACGGUCUAGUCAGCAACUUUGAGAUGAAAUCAUUUGAUGGUUCAGCCAAUCCAUACUUGGGUUUAGCUGCCAUACUUGCUGCUGGCAUUGAUGGGCUUCGAAGGCAUCUUCCUCUUCCUGAACCUGUUGAUGCAAAUCCAAAUGCUGAAAUCCUUCAGAGAUUGCCAGCAUCACUUUCUGAAUCUUUGGAUGCUCUCCAUGAGGAUGAUGACUUCCUUAAAGAAUUUAUCAGUGAUAAGUUUCUAACUGCCAUCAAAGCCAUUCGAAAGGCUGAAAUUGCCCAUUACACCAAGCACAAGGAUGCAUACAAGCAACUCAUUCAUCGUUACUGA